AACGAUAGGCGCUGAGUGGGACCUUUUCCCACUGGCUCUUUUGUUGUUGUAUUGUUGUUGGUAUUUUUAUACCAAUUAUUGGUGCGAAAAGCAGACGGAUAAAGAAGAAAACAGAACAGAACGGCAAUUGGAAACGAAACGAAAUGUGAACGCGGCCUCUCACAACAACAAAAGAAUAGUUGCAGCAACGACUCGCGUGUGUGUGUUGCUACAUGUGAAGAGCAAAGAGGAGAUCUAACCUAACACAAGAUUAAUUCAAUAAUUAAGAAAUUAACGGUUAGUUUCUCGCGGCGAAGGCGGCGGCAGUAGCGAAUUAAUUGCAAAUAAUUACCUCUCAGCGAAAAGGUGAGCAGAGCCAGAGCCGAGCAAAAAGAGAAGAGAAGGCGUGUGAGCGUGACGAAGAGCAGAGAGCGAGAGAGCGAAAGGGAACGGAUCGAAAGAAAAGGAAAGGCAGGGAAAAAUCGAAGAAUCUUGGACAGCCGAAAACCAAACUGGCUGGGGAGCAAAUGUCAAAUUGCGGCGCAUAAAUACAUUAAUUUGAAGCCCCCCGCACAAGUCAGGCUCCUCCAAAUUUACACACUCACACACACACACACACACUAGGCAGCAGUUGUCGCAACAGGAAAAAAAAGGAUUCAGCACACGAUGUAUGCCGGAGCAUAUGCACCCAACGCCGGCGGCGUUCAACAGCACACGGGCGGCGGUUACUAUGGCAACGGUGCCGCCGCAAGCGCUGGCAGCGGCGGCAAUGGUGCCCCACGCCACGAGCGACCCUACUAUCCGCGCAGUAAUUUCGCCGGAGCAGCCGGCGGAGCGACCAUCAACGGGGCAGCCGGUGCCGCGGGGAGCAUGCACUUUGGCCAGCCCUACGGCGUGAUGACCUAUGGUAUCCAGAAUGGCCUGGGCAUGGGCGCCGCUGGAGCCGGUGGCGGUAAUCCGUAUCGCCAACAAAAUGGUGUCGCCUUCGCCGGAAACGGCCUUGGAGGCGGUGGUGCCGGUAACGGUUCCGGCGGAGCUGGCGGCUAUGGCGGACCGCGUGGCAAGAAUCCCAAUUACGCACAACGCUACCAGAAGCCGCACAAUGGUGGCGGAGGAGGUGGUGGCUACCAGAGCAAUAACUACAAUGCUGCUGCCCUGGGCAUGCUCUCCAAGGAGGAGCGUGCCGAGAUCCAACGUGAGAAGGCCAAGAAUCCCGGUCGCAAUCUUGUCAAACCCGUGUGGGAGAAUCUGGAGCCCUUCCACAAGGACUUCUACAAUAUACAUCCCAAUACGCUGGCCAAGACGGAGCAGCAGGUGGCCGAUAUACGCCGUGAACUGGAGAUAACCGUUUCGGGCAGCGAACUGCCCCAUCCGGUGGUCAGUUUCGAGGAGAGCUCGCUGCCCAAUCACGUCAUCGAGGAGAUGAAGCGCCAGGGAUUCACCAAGCCCACGGCCAUCCAGUCGCAGGGCUGGCCCAUCGCCCUGAGUGGCCGCGAUCUGGUGGGCAUUGCCCAGACCGGUUCCGGCAAGACGCUGGCCUACAUGCUGCCGGCCAUUGUGCACAUUGGCAACCAGCCGCCCAUAUUGCGCGGCGAAGGACCCAUUGCCCUGGUGCUAGCCCCCACCCGGGAGCUGGCCCAGCAAAUCCAGUCGGUCGUGCGCGACUAUGGACAUCUGUGCAAGCCCGAGAUCCGUCACACUUGCAUCUUUGGCGGCUCAUCGAAGGUGCCGCAGGCACGCGAUCUCGAUCGCGGUGUCGAGGUGAUCAUCGCCACACCAGGACGACUGAUCGAUUUCCUCGAGAAUCGCAACACCAACUUGCAGCGCUGCACCUAUCUGGUGCUGGACGAGGCCGAUCGCAUGCUGGACAUGGGCUUCGAGCCUCAGAUCCGCAAGAUCAUUGAGCAGAUUCGUCCCGACCGUCAGGUCGUCAUGUGGUCCGCCACCUGGCCCAAGGAGGUGCAGGCCCUGGCCGGCGAUUUCCUCAACGAUUAUAUUCAAAUCAACAUUGGCUCGAUGAACCUAUCGGCCAACCACAACAUCCGCCAGAUCGUCGAGAUCUGCACCGAGAUGGAGAAGCCGCAGCGCAUGGUGCGUCUGCUCAAGGAGAUCGCGCCGACCAACAAUUCGGCAAACAGUGGCAACAAGAUCAUCAUCUUUGUGGAGACCAAGAUUAAGGUGGAGGACAUCCUCCAGAUCAUCCGUACCGAGGGCUACACUGCCACCUCAAUUCACGGCGACAAGACGCAGAAUGAGCGUGAUUCUGUGCUGAAGGACUUCCGUAACGGCAAGUCCAACAUUCUGAUCGCCACCGAUGUGGCCUCACGCGGUCUCGACGUCGAGGAUCUGCAGUACGUGAUCAACUAUGAUUAUCCCAACUCCUCGGAGAACUAUGUGCACCGCAUCGGUCGCACUGGACGCUGCCAGCAGCUGGGCACUGCCUACACUUUCUUUACGCCCGAUAAUGCCAAGCAGGCGCGCGAGCUGAUCUCUGUGCUCGAAGAGGCAGGCCAGACGCCAUCGCAGGCCCUCCUGGAUCUGGCCCGCUCGAUGCCCAGCUCGGGCGGCUAUCGCGGCAACAAGCGCUGGAACAACAAUGGCGGCGGCGAUCGCAAUUCGGGCGGUCACAAUGGCGUCUAUCAGCAGCGCAACAGCAACCCGCUGAAUUACCAGGCGGGCAAUAGCUACAACAACAAUCGCGGUGGCCUGCCCACUGGCAGUGGCGGCUAUCAGCAGUAUGCCGCUGGCGGCAAUAGCUAUCAGCAGAAUGGAGGUGGCGGCGGCGGUAGCGGCAACUGGAACCGCAUGAACCAAAUGGGACAGGAUGGCCAGCAGCAACGCAAUGGCAAUACCUAUCGCCCGAGGGCUCCAUUCAACAAUGGCGGGCCACGUGCCAUAAUGGGUCACCAGGGUGGCGGCGGAGGAGCAGGUGGUGUGGGCGGCGCUGUCGGCGUAGGCGGUGGCCCCCAGCCGCAUAUGGCACCCCAGCAAGGUGGCCAGUACAUGCCGCAGGCCUAUCGCAGUCGUGGCCAGUUUGUGCCACAGGGAGCGGGUGCCGGUGGCAUGCCGCCGAGAUUCCAGCAGUAUCCCAAGCGGGAGUACCAGCAGCAGGGCGUGGCCCACUACGGCCAGCAGGCUGUGCAGCAUCAGCAGCAACAGCAGCAGCAGGUACAGCAGACUGGCCAACAGCCCAAGCCGCCCAAGGAUGAUGGCAGCAAGUAUGCCCAAGCGCCGCCACCGGCAGCUGUGACCACAUCGCUGGUCCAUUACACGCCGGCCAAUUCGCCACCUAUUGCCGCCGUAAUUGCGGGCACCAAUCCGUAUGCCAAUCAGUUCAGCAUGCCGGCCACCUACUAUGCCGCCCAGCAUCACCAGUUUGCCCCGGCCGUCGCAGGACCUGGACCAGGACCUGGCCAGGCCAUCGAGCAGGCAGGACACCAAUAAGAGGGCGUGGAAAAACGGAUUGUGGAUCGUGGAGAGCUACAACAGCAACAACAACAACAACAGCUUUAGCAACAACAACAACAUCAGAAACAACAACACCAACGACAUGGACAAACAAACACCAUCAGACCAAAACCACACAGUCAUGAAAUCGAAAUGCAUAUGAGAAAUGAAUGAAAGAAAGGAUAUAAGUUGCCAGCAUAUAAGAGCGCAGUUACUCUUAUGAAUUCUAAGCGAAAAAGUUGCCUUUUUCACUUUCGUUUUUUAUUUCUCCCCACUCACUACCAUUAUUAGCAUUUUUUUUUGUAUUCUCUUUGGCUCAUUCAAGCAUUCGCAGUUUGUGUUUGCGACACAAUUUGACCUCCAAUUUCCCCCUCGACCUUUCAUUCGUUACUGUUCUUUGGGCAAACAGCCGCAAACAUCAAUAACCAGGGCCAUCGCAAGGAUCAUCGCCCUCGAAAUAUAACCCCCCAUUUAUGUUUUCCACAACAAGGUAAAACGAAACAAAAAACAAGAACACCUCGAACGUGAAAAAUUAUCGUAGUUUUUAAGCUUUUUCAACACACAAACACAAACACUGACAGUUGCAUGUUCUUCGAAUGUUUAAAAAGAAUUAUUAAGUAGGGUUAUUAUUAUUUCUUUUCCGCCAAGCAAAAUCAAGCGAAAUUAAAACUAGAGACACACACACACAGACACUGUUAAUUAAGCGAUAUAUACAAAUAUUCAUGUGUAUUAAUUUUACACGAUGCUAGGAACACAAAACAAAAAGAAAAAAAACAAGCACGCAACCAAAAAAACAAAAAUUUUGAAUUCGAAAAUUGUCAAAAUAAGGGAUUGCAAGAACCCCUUUUUCACUAACUUGGUUGGUAUGAAAUGAACGGUUUGCUUAUAAUAACACACAUUUAAAUACAUGUUUAAUUAUUUUAUACACAUAUAUCCGAGCGAAAUUUGCAACAAACAAUUACAACAAAGGGAAAACUGACUAAAUUCUACACAAAUUCCAUUUAAGAAAACGCAGCUAACGGUUGAGAUAUAUGUAUAUGUACAUCUGUAUUUUGGCCAAAUCCAAAAUAGGAAAAAAAAAGGAAAAGGGCAGCGCUGCUUUGGUAGGAAGUAUGUAAAAGAAAAGCUAACAAAAAAAAACAACAAUCGAUAAUAAUAAAACAAUUGAAGCAAUGGGAGAACACUCACACAGCCACAAAGAACCCACACAAGCACACGCACACACCCACACCGAGACACACACACACAAACACACACACCACGAACACCACAAGGACAAGCAAAUUUAAAGUUAUCAUUUAAUUUCCCAUUUUGAUACAUAUGUAUAUGUGUGUAUUCUAUAUAUAUAUAUGUAUAUAUAUAGCUUGAUUUUUAAUGGAGAUUAAAACAAAAACUCAUUUUGUUUAAGACACUUGAUAGAAUUCGAUAAUAAUCCCCCUAACACAACAUUCGCAUAAAUUAACGAGGUUUUUUCAAAAGUUCUAUGCAAAUACUUGAAAAAAAAUUAUACAAUUACAUUUUCAAUUAUUCCAAGACCAAAGAACAGAAGCAGUUGAAAAAAGAAGAAAGUAAGAAAGCGAAGAAAAAAGAAAAGACGCCACAUUCAUCCAUAAAAACAAGUAAAGCGAACACGAAACAAGAGGAUUAGAAGGAGGAACACAAAACAUGGGUAGAAGAUCGAGAUCGAAUAAUGCCAAGCAAUGCCACACGAAAAUAAUGAUAAUAAUAAUACAGCAAACAUAAUGCAUACUUCUGACUAUUCCAAAAAAAAAGCUCUCUUCCGUUUCCCCAUAUGUUUAUUUUUUUUUUUUUGUUCUACUAUCAUUUCUCCAAAUUGCCCUAUGACUUUCUCCUCUUCCCUUCGAAUGCCAGAGUUCAGUACGAGUAAAUAGGUAGUAGUAACGAAACACUAAUUGGCAGCUCCAGUUACAUAUAGUUAGCAGUAAUAUAUCCAAAAAUCGUCUGUCCAAGCCGUUGUCCAAGUUGUUGCAAGCAGUGCAAGUUGUCCUCCGCCAUGGGAACAAGCAGUACAAAAAGACUAAGAAUUUUGGAAGACGUAACGGACACAAGGGAAUAUUCUACAGAGGAAAAAUGUGUGAGAACCACUCAGCAAAUAGAUGAAAAUCAUGUAGAUUAUAUUUAUAAAUAUAUAUUUGUUAGCCGAUCGGGGGGAGUGAAAGGAACACUUCUAAUCAAUUUUUUUUUAUUAGUUUUCUACGUGUACGGUUUCCUUUUUAGCAAAUAAAAGUCUGGGAAAACAAGAGGGAAUAUUUAUAUAUGGUAUAUCGUCAACACAAGGAUCUCUUUUUAAAGCAAAAGGGCAUGACUCGACUUUUUUAUAUAGACCUAUAAUUCAUAGAAAAGUUCAUUUCAUUUUUGGGUAUCUCGGGGUUUUUCAUUUCUUUCAUACAUUUUUAAAAAAAUCAUUGGAGACGGGAACGAGGGAACUACAACUAAAUAAUGUUAUUUUUUGUAUGUACUCUAGGCGUAUACGCAAUGUUACCAAGUGAAUUAACGUUCUUAUUUUUAUAAUUUCCUACUUCUUAAUUAUGAUUUCGAUGCAACCGAAUUGUGAUGAUGUGAUAGACUUAUAUAAACAAACGAAAAUACAAAAAUACUAAUUAAUAACCAAUUUAAAUGAAGUAAACGCAGCGCCCCCAAAAAGGCCAGGCCAAAAUAACUGAAACUGAAGCAGAGGCAGCUGAAACUGAAGCUGAAUCUGAGUCGAAAUCAGUAUCUGAAUCAGAAGAGGACUAUGAUAUAUGUUAUGUAUUUGUAUUAUUGUCGUUGUCGUUGUCGCUUAUAGACAAUGUCUGAUGGCUACAAUAUAAUGUAUUAUGGAUGACUUGAGGCAUACAUUCUUUUUUUGAAGAAAUAAAACUAUAGAGCGCGAUAUUUGUAUUGUAUUUAUCUAUAAGUUGUUGUGUACACACUGCGAAAAACAAACAAACCAAACAAACUAAAAAAAAAGCAAAAAAACACGGAAACACACACAAAAUCAAAACAAAACGAAAAAAACGAGAAAAAAAGAGCAAAAGAAGUUGAAACUGAUAAAAUUUAAGAGUAACUGAAACCGAAAGCCCCGAAAAACUGAAGGGGAAGUCGGAGAAUUCGUUGUCCCCUUCGCACUUUUGAGGCAAGUCCUUCGUUUAAGUCCUGAUCGAUCGCUCUAUCUCUGUCUCUCUCUCCUAUCCCUAUCUCUCAGACCCCCCCGCCCCACCCCCUAUACGAUAUAUUUCUCGCUCGCAGUCUCUUCUUAAAACGAUAGAUUUAAAAACGAUAGAAAUUCGCAUAUACAUAUAUUUUUGAAAGUAUAGAAUUGCAACUUUUGAAAAAAUGCAACCAAAAAUAAAGACGAAAGACUAAAGCCAAAAACAAAAUGAAUUCAAUUGUUUGAAGCAAGAACAAGAGAAUAACGGUGAAUGCGCAACGAAGUGCCGUUAUUUCGAUAGUUUGUAUAGCCGUUUCUUUUCCGUUUCGUUUACUUAGAGAACUAAAAAUCGUUUACACACACACCAACACACCCACACACAUACGCGUUUUUGGUUUAGUUAUUGUUUUUGCGUUUGUUUUAAUUUUUGAUUUGUUUCGUUUUAAGCUUUUCGUUGGUAAACCAAAAGAUAUAUGUGUAUGUAUGGGCAUACAUGUAUCGAUGUCGAUAAAGUCGAUAAAGUGAAUGCAUUUACCGUUACAGUGCGACGCGCACAAGUGCCAAAAAUGCAGCAAAAAAUACCCGCACACACCCACGCACUCUCACACCACACACAACAAACACAGACACACAGAGACACAUCGAAGACACCCACACACAAAUUUCUUAUAGAUGAUACAACAAACACAAACGAACAUAUAACAUAUAUACAGUGGACAAAAGGAGUUAUGAGCUGACUUUUUGGCGUUCGCACAUCCUGCGUUGCCCACUGUACAUACAAGACCUACAAAACAAGCAUACUUUUAAGCGCCAAAGUUAGGAGCGGCUUUUGAGGGUUCUAAAAUAAAAACGAAAUAAGAAACCAUUAAACACCAGACUUGUUGGGCAAAAAACAUUUAGCAGCAGCAGCAGAGCCAGUUCGUAUGUUAUAAGCUAAAUUUGCCUUCGGCAGACGGAACUAACUUAAAAAUAAUAAAAUGUUUAAACCAAAACCCAUUGUGAUAACAGCUGCGUAAACGAAACACGUUAGAACCUUACUUGUAUUUCGAUUGCAAUUCGAUAAAACGAUAAAACGGGGAUCCCCCACUAAGUCCUAAAUAAUACAAAUUCAAUCAAAAGCAAGCAAGCCAACAAUUUAUCCAAACUAGUUUUUAAACGAAUACAAAACUCACCCAGCCGCACAUACACACGUAUUUUACUGAUUUGAAAAGGAGGAGAUCUAUUCUUGAUUUUCAUUUGUUGUGUUGAUCAAUGCAAAUUUUAGCGAAAAAAAGAAAAAAAUACAAAACCAAGAAAUACACAGGAAACACGAAUGCAAAUUCUUAGCCAUUUCGAAGGAGCGUGCAUUUAGAACAUUACAUCAAAUAAUAUUUACACUUGCAUAUAUUCAAAGCAAACCAUUUGAAUGAAUUCUAAAUAUUACUAUAGAUCACUAACACAAAAUGCAACUGAGGAGUCAGUCGAUAAACAUAUGCAUACAAGUUAAUGCAAUUAAUGAACGAGGAGCCAAGCAAACGCGUUUGAAUGUAUGUUUGCAGCUUAAGCUAAGUUAGCACACACAAUAUUAUAUUAAUUAUAACAAAACGAUAUAGGUAUGCAGUAUAAUGCAUAUAUUUAUAGUGCACCGCCUCCCCUUAAUUCCGUCGCAAAACAAAAGAAAAUCGGGACGGAAGAGGGGCUAAAACUAACGGAGAAAUCUAAAUUGUAAUCAAUUUACCUAUCUUAUAUUAGGUUAUACGUACCCAUAAACAUAACCCCGUCCUCAUCUUGAAAUUGGACAACCUUCCCUUCCCAAAAUGUUAAACACGAAAACGUAAAAAAAAAAUGCAUAAAUAUGAAAUAUGUAACGGAAAUCUUUACAAAAAGCGAAAUAGAUAUCUUCUAUAUAAUAAAUAAACGCCAACAAAAAUCACUUUUAAA